AGACAAUUUGUGACAAUAGUGUGAUGACGGCAGGGUGGCUGGAUCCAACCGAAGCAAGCGGUUGAAAAUUGCCAAGAUUGUUGUACUUUUCUGGUACUAGUACAUGUAAAGGGAAGUACGCAGUACCAGUACAUACCGGUACCGGUACAGCAAGAGUGAAAAGAUCUUUGCUCCCAGAACUUCCAAAGAUCUUGAUCGAUGAAAACCAUCCGUGGCCAAACGGUACCAUACUACAGUAGUAGGCUUUCAUACCGGUACAGCAACCUGCGCCGUCAUCGAUUGGGGAUGAGGCGGCUUACUACUAUUUUAAAAUAGCCAGUGCCAGCAAUCCGGAUGCCGGAGACACGUGCUUUGCGAGGAAUGAAUCCUGCUGUGUAGAGCCACCUGAAAAGUUGGAAAAGGUUUGGAUCAUACAUACAUGUAUGAUAGUACUGACCAAGAGGGUCUUGGCUUGAACGAGGAGUUGGCAAUACCUUGUCUGGCUCAGCAGCAGCUCUUCAAAGGCCGCAUUCAGUGCUGGUUUGGCCAGUACAGCGUACGAUGUACGGUACUUUACGCUAUCUUGGCGGACCAUGAGCCAUUGCCGCAACAAUGCUUGGUGCCUGGUAAAAAACAGCAGAGUUGGAAAGGGGCCUGUUCUGCUGGCUCAUAACCUCAAACAAUCAUCAUCGUCUCGGCUGUCUGUUCUCACAUCGAGAAAGCUCCCACCUCCACAACCACAACCCCAAACAGAGCUACUAGCUAGCUAGUACCAUACCGAGGGACCACAUUUGCUCGUCCAGAAAACACACGGAUAUCUGAUAGCAACCAUGCCAAUUGACAUCAAUGAACUUCGUGACUACAAGGGUGGCGACCCUGAAAAGUAUCGUAACUUCAUGAAGCAGCGAUACAAGGAUCCUUCCAUUGUGGAUCAGGUCUUGGCAAUUGAUGAACAAUGGCGCAAUGUGACCAAAGAGGGAGAUAACCUUCGCAAGGAAGUCAACAAGUUACAAAAGGAGGUUAUUGCUCCCAAGAAGAAAGCCAAGGAACCUUGUGAUGAAGAAGUCGCUCAGAUGAAGGCUAUUCAAGCCACCAUAAAAGAAAAGGCUGCUGAGUUACCCCUCUUGGCAGAAAAGAGGGAUGCCUUGUUGGGACAAAUUGGAAACAUUGUGGACCCAGAAGUGCCCAUUUCAAAGGAAGAAGAGGAAGACAACCUGGUGGUGUUUUUGCAGCCCAUGCCUCCCGAAGCUGAUGGACAGAGUGACUUCUUGCCCAAACCUCAAGGAACUCUGAAGUAUUCCUUGCCACCCACCAAACCACUGACCCAUGAUGAUUUGCUCUGGCGAAUUGGAGGAUACGAACCAACACGUGGUCAAAAUGUGGCAGGAGCUCGUCAGUAUUUUCUGACCAAUGCAGGAGUCUUGCUGAACCAGGCCAUAAUCAACUAUGGUAUUGCCUUCUUGAUGGAGAGAGGAUACCAGGUCUUGCAGCCACCCUUCAUGAUGAAUAAGGAGGUUAUGUCUAGCAUUGCUCAAUUGGAAGAUUUUGAUGAACAGCUCUAUAAAGUCUCUGGAAAAACUGAUGACCCCACUGGAAGCACUGAAAAAUACCUGAUUGCAACCAGUGAACAGCCCAUUUGUGCCUAUCACAAGGGAGAGUGGAUUGAUGAAAAAACCUUGCCGCUGAGGUAUGCUGGUGUCUCUACAUGUUUCCGGAAGGAAGCUGGUUCUUCUGGGAAAGAUAUCAGAGGCAUCUUUCGGGUCCAUCAGUUUGAAAAAAUUGAACAGUUUGUCUUGACGGAAGAUAGCUUUGAGGUCUCUCAGGCCGAACAAAAGAGAAUGCUGCAGGCGGCCAAAGACUUUUAUGAGAGUUUGGGAUUCAGCUACCGUGUGGUUUGCCUUGUCUCAGCGGAACUCAAUGAUGCUGCUGUCAAAAAGUAUGAUCUUGAGGCUUGGUUCCCCGGACAACAGGCUUAUCGAGAGCUUGUCUCAUGCUCCAACUGUACGGACUUCCAGGCUCGUGGUGUUGGUGUCCGGUGUGGAGUCAAGAAGCAAGACAAGGACUUGACAGCUCGUGCCUCUUACGUUCAUAUGUUGAAUGCAACGCUUUGUGCAACAGGACGCGGUAUCUGCUGUCUCUUAGAGACUCACCAGACAGAAGAUGGUAUUGUCAUUCCCGAAGUGUUGCGACCAUACAUGGCCGGUAAGGAAUUCUUGCCCUUUGUCCGUGGACCCAUGGAGUUGACCAAGGGAGAAAAGGGCAUCUUGAAAUCCAAGAAGAAAUGAGCUAAGCAACUAGAUGGUAGCAUUCAACAAAUGUAUGGGUGGUUGUUUAGGAUUAUCGCUUCUUGUGGCUUGUAUCGGACU